CCUCUCUCUCUCUCUCUCUCUCUCUCUCUCUCUCCGCCCUUACGUUUCUUCUCUCUAUCGAAACCCUAGAUCUCCGACGACGAAUUCGAACAGCAACAGAUCCAUAUCUUCUCCUCCAUCGCCCGAAACCCUAAUCGAUCCGCCGAUUUGAAACCCUACCGAGCGAUUUGGAGGUCAAAUUGUAUCAGAUCUUGGUGCGAGCGCCGAUUUGGGGGGGGGCGAUCGGAAGCUCUAGAUCGGGGGAUUUGAGGUGUGGUUUCCCGUGAUCUCGAUCUCGUUGGGGAUGCAUUCGAGAGGGGGCCCGUCGUCGUGCCGGGACCGGACGCAGGAGUUCCGCGCCGCCGUAGAGAGCGCGCGGAAGCACUUCGUGGCCUCGGCGUCGGCGGCGGCGGCGGCGGCGAAUGGUGGAAUCAGCGGCGGUGGCGGCGCCGGAUCGAAAUUGGAUGGGUCGAAGUCGGCAGCGUCGAUCCAAUCGGAAUUCAACCGCAGGGCGUCGAAGAUCGGGCUCGGGAUCCACCAGACCUCGCAGAAGCUCGCGAGGCUCGCGAAAUUGGCAAAGAGGACAUCGGUUUUUGAUGACCCCACAGUAGAGAUACAAGAAUUAACAGCUGUUAUCAAGAAGGAUAUUACUGCUUUGAAUUCCGCUGUGGUAGACCUCCAACUUCUUUGCAAUUCACAAAAUGAAAGCGGCAACAUUUCCAAGGAUACCUCCAGUCAUGCAACGACAGUUGUCGACAAUUUGAAGAACCGCCUGAUGAGCGCAACCAAGGAGUUCAAAGAAGUUUUGACCAUGAGGACAGAGAACUUGAAGGUUCAUGAGAAUAGAAGGCAGUUGUUCUCUUCAUCUGCGCAAAAGGAAUCAACCAAUCCUUUCAUCCGACAACGUCCUCUGGUUCCCAGGCCAGGUUCCGAGUCUGCGCCGCCUGCACCCUGGGCUAAUGAGUCAUCUUCUUCUUCUCCACUUUUCCCAAGGAAGAAGACGAAUGGUGACCUAUUCUCGUCGACUCAACCCUUGAUGCAACAGCAACAACAAUUGGCGGUACAGGAUACGUACAUGCAGAGCCGCGCCGAGGCUCUUCAAAAUGUCGAAUCAACGAUUCAUGAGCUGAGCAACAUCUUCACCCAAUUGGCUACUAUGGUUUCUCAGCAGGGAGAGCUUGCCAUCAGGAUCGACGAGAACAUGGACGACACGUUGGCGAACGUCGAGGGAGCGCAGGGCCAACUUCUCAAGUACCUCAACAGCAUAUCCUCCAACCGGUGGCUGAUGAUCAAGAUAUUCUUCGUCUUGAUGGUCUUCCUCAUGAUCUUCCUAUUUUUCGUCGCAUAAUAUGAUUCUAUAGUUAUAUUUUACCAUACCCCCUUUGCUUUUUGUUUUUUUUGCUCUCAAUGAUCUGUUAUUACUCAAAUCUCCUGUUACCAUCAAUCUGUGCUGUGGAUUAUAUGCUCCUUUCAAUGUAGAUUUUUUUUUUUUUUUAA